CGCCGUCGUCGGCUGAAUUUUGUCUGAAUAAUAUCAAAUUUAUUUAGAAAAAUGUGGCUCUUUUCAAGAGAUCCCACAAGUAGCUUUCCCUAUGAGAUUGGCGAAAAGGUUGAAGGUCUAGAAGAAAAGUCUGUUUGGAAUCUGCACAACGGAAAGAAAAAGGCAGAUGGGCAGCCAGUGUCUGUGUUCGUCUUCAAUGCAAAAGGGUGCUCGAGUGAAGUAUUGGAACGGGCCAAGACGGCACACAAACGACUGAAGACAUUAAGACAUCCAAACUUCCUUCUGUACCUUGAUGGCUUAGAGACAGACAGUGUCAUCUACGCAGUAACAGAACAAGUAACUCCUCUACAGACGUACUUAACCAGCUCAUCACCGAAUGAUCUGGGGAUCUCCUGGGGCCUGCAUCAAGUUGUGAAAGGACUGAGUUUCCUCCACAACGACUGCAAACUCAAACACAACAACGUCAACAUGAGCUCAGUGUUUGUCAGCAAGGCCGGGGAGUGGAAGGUUGGGGGUGCGGCUUACGUCGGUCCGGCAGAGGGGGACGGGAGUGAGCCGCCCAACAAAGGAAUGCAGUCUCUUGAGAAGUACAACCCCCCGGAAAUGACUGAUGCACGGACCAGGAAGAAAACGCACACAUGGUCAGCCGAUAUGUGGGGUCUCGGAUGCCUCAUCUGGGAGGUCUACAACGGACCUCUGCCAAGAACUUCAUCUCUGAAAUCAUUAGGAAAGAUUCCCAAGCCCUUGGUGGCAAACUACUGUGAGUUGGUCGGAGCCAACCCCCUCUCCAGACCCAACCCGGCUAGGUUCAUCGAGACAUGCCGGAACAGUGGCGGCUUCCUCCACAAUAGCUUUGUGGACACUAACAUGUUUCUAGAGGAGAUUCAGAUUAAAGAACAAUUAGAGAAGAAUAAAUUCUUUGCGAGCCUCAGCACAUCAAUCGACGACUUCCCUCAGGAGUUCUGUCGAUAUCGAAUCCUUCCUCUCCUCCUGCAAGCCUUUGAGUUCGGAGGGGCAGGCUCCGCUGUGCUGACACCCCUACUCAAGCUUGGUAAGCUUCUUGAAGAUGAUGAAUAUCAGAAGAGGAUAGUGCCGUGUGUCGUGAAGAUGUUCUCGUCAACGGACAGAGCAACAAGAGUCAAACUUCUUCAACAGAUGGAAUAUUUCGUUGAGCAUCUCCAACCACCAGUCGUCAACGACCAGAUCUUCCCCCAUAUCUGCCACGGUUUCAACGACACGAAUCCCAUCAUCCGAGAACAAACUGUCAAGGCGAUGCUUCUAAUGGCCCCGAAGCUGAACGACAAGAACCUGAACACAGAACUCCUCAAGCAUUUUGCCAAGACACAGGCCAAGGAUGACCAGGGAGGGAUUCGAACCAACACCACCAUCUGUUUGGGGAAGAUUGCGUGUUACCUCAAUCCAGCUACAAGGCAAAAGGUCCUCUCCUCUGCGUUCGUGCGCGCCAUGAAGGAUCCCUUCCCACCAGCGCGGACGGCAGGCGUCAUGUCCAUGUUAGCAACUCAGAACUACUACUCCUUGAGGGACACAGCAUUCAAAGUACUCCCCACCCUCUGCACCCUGACUGUCGACCCCGAUAAAGGGGUCCGGGAUCAGACCUUCAAGGCUAUUGGGGUGUUUCUACAGAGGCUCCAGACCGUUUCUGACCACCCUGAGACUGCUGCUGAAAUAGAGGCUGAAGUGAACGCAGCAGCGAGUACACCACAGGGGGCAAGUACAAGCUGGACAGGCUGGGCUGUUACCUCACUAACGUCCAGGUUCUAUCGACCAGGUGCUGGGGCAGAUAAGACUGCAGCCAAGGCACCUAAUGCUUCCACUACAGCUCCAUCGCAACAAACGUCCAGCACAGCAGGGGGAGCCACCCAUCCUGCCUCUGCCACACCCCAGGACACAAGGGAUGGCGGCACUGAGGACCAGAAGGCAAGGAACUCUGCAUCAGAUUAUGAAGACACAGGGGAUGGCGGAGACGGUGAGGGAUGGGAUGAUAACGAAGAGUGGGGAGACAUUGAUAGCUUUUCAACAUCCUCGUCGAAGACUGCCGGCUCCCGCGAUUCUCACCCGGGGAUGUCCUCCAAACAAGACUCAGGCUGGGAUGCCGGCAGCUGGGGUGACACGGACGAUUUUGCUGAUUCUAUCCCCUCAUCGUCCAGUAAGUUAGCGAGCCAAGCUAAGCCGUCCCAAAGUAGCAGAUCAAGCGGAAUGAAACUCAGUGCUAAGAAGACAACAGGCUCGGACUGGGAUCCGAUCGACGACGCUUGGGGGUCCAUCAGUGAGACCUCCUCGAGACCAAGUAGGCCAUCCUCUGGGGACAGUAAGAGGACUAACAAGAGCUCUCCCAAAAAGGAGAAGGCCAGUGUCAGAACUGAGAUGAAUCUGGGCGGAUGGGAUGAGAAUGACGAUUGGGGUACGAUGGACGCUGGCGGGGGAAUGUUUGAAGCGAAGGAGGAGCAAGGAGGAGCCGCGGAUGAUUGGGGAGCUGAUGAGGACUGGGGCUCACUAGAGGCUACAGCUCUAUCUACUGGGUCCAGAUUACAGGCCGACAAGUCUCAAUCAGCUAGAUCUAACCCUCCACCAGGCUGGGGUGAUAGCCUGGAGUUCUCUAAAGACUCAAGCCACAAACCAGCCAGUGCCUAUAACUGGGGAGAGCCUGAAGCAGGGACGGGCGCAGAUUUCUUCAGUGAUGCACUAAACAAGACAUCUCAAAAACAGAAGCCAAGUUCUUCAACUUCACAAUCCAAGACGCAGUUUGCAUCAACUACAGCAACACAAAAGAAAAAGCCUGCACAGCCUGCCACUGUCGCCUCGGGAUGGGAAGGGGAUGAUGGUUGGGGCGGAGCUGAAGAUGAGUGGGGUUCAAUUGGCGAUAACGCAGGGGUGAGCAAAGCAGAUGAGGCCAAAAGGAAACGAGAGGAGAGAAGGUUACAACGCGAGAAAGAGAUGAAAGAAAAGAGAGCUGCCAAGAAACCAGGCUUGGGUGCCAUGAGGUUGGGGGCAAAGAAGGAUUGAUCCAGCCUUGCCCACCAUGAGCAGCAUCUGCAUCAAUGCCUCUAGUGUACUGAAAACAAUGCUGGUUUGCUCCCGAGGGCGUUAUGAUAUUCUCCUUCUUCUUCAAGGUAUAGUGCAGACUUCAUAACGCACUUUGAGGUUGGUGCGCACGCUGUCUUAAUUUGUGCGCUGGCAAACAAAAUAGAUCUCAUGUGCAGAAUAUGAUAUACUAUGGGUACAUUCGAUUAGCUUCCCCGGGUCGACCCCGAUCUGCCCCUAGUACGUUCGAAUAGCAUUGUCGUCAUUCCAGGGGCUCACCCCCAUCAGCCCCAAGUGCCCUGCUUUUGGAACAAGUCACUUGGGACUGGCCCAUGGUGCACGACAUCACCACGAGAGCGCGGCGAGUGAUCGUUCAGUUAGCUUUUGUCAGGGGCUCACACGAAUGAGCAUUGGGGGGUCGACACAGGGAAGCUUAUCGAACGCACCCAGUGUAGUGCAAAUAAAAAAGUGCCUGUGAGCUAGGUGGAUCCUUCCCUCCUCAAUGCUACCUUGAAUGCAUUGAGUGUUGUGAACUCUCCAUGAUCCUUCUGAAAGGAGUUCCACUCUUUGCUGGUGCUAGGGAAGAAGGAGGAAGAGUACAUUUGUGAGCUGCAGUAUAGGGGGUCAUGUCGUCGAUUUCACCAAACUCUUCCUAACUUAGGAUUAAUCUUAGGCCUUAGGACGAGUUAAAUUUCGUUAAGAUG